AUGAUGCAGGCCACGACCGCCAUACUCAGCUAUCUUUUCUUCACGAUGUUUGGCGUGUGGCUCAGCCUUAAACCACACAAGGGCGGGCGACGCGGCUGGAGCUUGGGUGCUGUGAUUGCCACAUAUACCGUCAUCAAGAGAUUCCCAAUUGAAUUCGAUUUCCCCUCAAUUCCCCGCACGCUCAGCUCCGUGUUCAGUCUGUUCCGCGAGGACGCGUUCUCCGAGCUGCGCGAAACGGCUGGUCCAGACCCCGUACUACUGGGACUCGCGAGCCAUCUCGUGUGCUUCAUGGUGGCUCACUUUUCGCGCCGUGUUUAUCGUUCCAUGCACCUUCAAUUUGAUGUCCACGUAUCGGUUUGGGUCAUCCCCCUCGCUGUCAACCUAUCGCACGCUCGUUUGAAUGGGACCUUCUGGCUGCUCUAUCAAGUGGGAUGCGUUGGUCGAUUUUUUCCUUCCGUCAGACAACUGCGUCGUGGCAUUCUCUAUAUCGGCCAGCUCUCUAUUGCGCCCACGGUCGGUGAGGCCAACGCAAAGGUUAUAGCUGGGUCGAUACUGGCCAACACCAUUGUAUUCGGCAUCGACAGCGUUGUCCGCGUGUCGCGGAUAUUGCCAGUCGCCUCCCCUCACCUCUUUCGUCUGUAUCCGCUCGUUGAAUGCAUGGCCCUUUGCGCGUUUUUCACUGGCGCAUGGUGUAUUUUCUUUCCAGUUUUCUGCGCCAUGCAGCUGUCGGUCUCGCCCCACCCAAGCCACCAAGCCCUCUUCCGGCACCUCAUGUCUCGGCCAACGCUAGCGUGGCAUGCGCGGACGAGAGACCUCUGGGGGCAUGUCAUGAGCGACCUAGAUGCGUUUCAAAUUGUGCAGAGAUGGGACUUCGACUACCUGCUGCUGGAGCGGCGGCGCGUGUUUGCGGCGUGGCUGGAGAGUUUGCCCGUCCAAUGGUCUGCUUUACCCGGGACACACAAAUUGGUCGUCAUUUUACCAGCGGUGGUGUUCCAUGCCACACCAUACAUUAUGCCCAUGAUCGGACACAUGCCAGGGGAAAACGAGAUAAAUUUGGGGAGCAGACGUGUUUCAGAAUUGUGA